CAUGGAAAUGUCUCUCCUUAGCUGAAGGGAGUGCAUCAUUUGGAGAAACGGCACCUACAGGACAGGUCGUGGCAAACACCUUGGUGUCAGUUGACAUGAUGGGCCACCAGUUGGUAAUGUACUCCUAAUUGAAAAUAGAGGAAGAGAGGAUCAAAUGUUUAGAUGUUUUAUGUUUGUUGUAAACUCAUUGUUAUGUGGCAGUAUGGUUUAAUCAGGCUGAUGCGCAGGUGCAGAUAAUCCUACCCAGGUGCUGCUAAUAAGCACCUGGUUACUAUAAAAGGGGACUGAGCUGGCGUAUCCAGAUCCAGGUUGCCACUGGGCUCCACUGCCAGUGCAGUGGUAGUUGGAAGACCCAGUCGCACCGCAAAUCAGCAUGCGACUAGGUAGAAGUGAAUUUGAGUGAAAUGCUUCCUACAGGUAAUUUCAGCACUGGUCUGUGUGUGGCGCGUCCCUCUUCACCCUGCAUGUUCUCUGGCCGCUGAGGUAAUUCCCUGCUGCCCGUCUUUCUGGUUUGCCUUAUGUAGGUGGAACCUGCUGCUGUGUUUUUAUUUUUUUAUUUUAUUUUAGUUUUUAAAAUUUUGUCUGGUUUUAUCAAUCAAGACUGGCUACAGAUGCUCCACGGGUCCUCCACAUCAGCUCCACUGGGUCAACCGCAAAGCUACAGCCCCUGCACUCCCUCUGCUCAGCAGAUCACAUUGGUGCUUCUGGGACCUGGUGGCCUGUUGGGACUGGUACCGCUACGUUUUGCCAGAGUCCUGCUGGAGUAACUUGAUUUUAUUGAUCUGUAUGCCAAAAAAGGGUCUAUUUGCCUGUUCCUUUGUUUUAAUCUUUCAGAGCUGCAGCAACAAGGACUGGUUCUUAAGUGGACAUUUUGGUUGUUUUGUGCUUUUCUUAUGUUUAUGCAUGUGUUUGUUUUUAUUUGUUUAUUUAUUCUGCUUGAGCAACCAGGUCUCUUCUGCAGGUGGGCUCUAGGCCCUAAUGGUUUUAACACAGGUCUUUUACUAACUCAUUACUUUUAAACUAUUUAUAAUGAAACUAUUUAUUGAUCCGGAACCACGCCUCCAUCUGGUUUGAGUUACCUUUUAAUUUAUUUAUUUUUAUUUAUUUUUUAAACCGACUUUUCAAGUGCAUCUGUGACUGUCAAUGAACUAGCUGCGCUGAACAUAUGCACAUGCAACACUGCUGUGACGUCACCCACAAAUGCUCCCUUAUAGUGACUCAAAUUAAAACAAUACGUGUUCUCAUCGAUCACCAUGUCUUUAAUGACUUAUCACAUGAGUUGGUUUGUGUUUUUAUGAUUUAAUGGAGACAUUGUCAUUGUGAAUUUUUUUUAUUUAUUUAAAUUUUUUUCUCGACAUUUCUAGAAUUUUGAUAAAGUUUUGCACAUAUAUACGUAUAACACAAACACUACUGACUGCAUCUCCUUCUAGACCUUACUCCUUGCUUGCUUCCCAAUCUGCCCUUUUGUGCUCUUUCAGUGUUCUUCCUGCUUCUGGGGGUGUGUCCUGCAUCCUUGAGAGCUGAUUGGCCAGCCAGCUGAGCCUCAUAUUCUUAAUAUUGAUUAAGCAGAGUCAUACAAGCCUCUAAUCAUUCAACAAAAAUGAUGAAAAACACAACUCGUUCUAAAACCCUUAAAAACAAAACAAAGGAAUCAUUCAAAAAAGGGUAUCUGUCUAUUUAUCUAUCUAGUGCUAGCUAUCUAUAUGGCUAGCUAGCUUUAUAACUAGCUAGCCACAUAGCUAGUGCAUAAUGUUAAAUGUGUGUCGGAGGAAUCCUUGAAUCCAUCCAGCAAAUGUGCUCAGAGAAGGGAAGGGGUAGAGUGAGCUCAUAGAGGGGCUGAGCAGCUAUGAUGUCAUUGUUGUGCUGGCUGGUCCUUUCUCCCUCCUCCCUUCUCCUCCCUGCCUCUCUGUAUCACUCCAUCUGUGUCAUUACUGUGAAUAAGCAGGGAGCGGCAGGAAGGAGGAGAGCUAGGGGACAAAGACAAGAAAAAGACAAAACAACCAAACAAGCAAACCGGUUUACCGAAAUCCUAACAGAGCAUCCUCCUUUGACAGAAGCAGUUCUGUGUGCAGGCAGCAUGGCAGACGGCACAGUUUCUCUGGCUGAAGUGGAGACCGCCUUCCAGAAGUUUGCGGUUCACGGGGACACCAAAGCCACAGGAAAAGAGAUGAAUGGCAAGAACUUUGCAAAGAUCUGCAAGGACUGCCACAUCACUGACGGCAAAAACGUGACCACCACAGAUGUAGACAUUGUUUUCAGCAAAGUCAAGGCAAAGUCAGCUCGGGUAAUCACAUUCGAGCAGUUCAACCAGGCUCUGACUGAACUGGCCCCCAAACGCUUCAAAGGCAAGAGCAAAGACGAGGCUCUUCAGCAGCUUUACGGUCUGCUCGCUGGGAAGGAACCCGCCAACGUUGGGGUCACGAAAGUGGCCAAGGCUGCCGCCGUGGACAGACUGACCGACACCACCAAGUACACCGGCUCCCACAAGGAGCGGUUUGACGAUUCCGGAAAAGGGAAAGGAAAGGCGGGACGUGAGGACAUCCCAGACACCAGUGGCUAUGUGGCAGCUUACAAGGGCACUGGAACUUAUGACGAGAAAGUUAAAGAUGCCUAAACGAGUCUUUAACCGAAUUAAAAAGCUAUAAAAUUAACACUAUUUUCUGUAAAAGUUGAGGAGCAUGUCAAAUGUAAGAAAUGAUCUGUAUAUUUUAUUUUGUGACCAAAGACAAAAUGCUUGUUUUAUGCAUUUUUUUUUAAAUAAUCUUAACAGUGUGCCUUAAUUUAGUUAUUGCAGCAAAUGUACAUGCUCUGAAAUAUGAGUUUGUUAUGCUACAGUAAAUUACCUCAAUACACUGAAUGGGACAUCUAGUUGCUUCCAAAUCUCAAAGCUGGUGUUUCACUAUAGGAACAAGCAGUUCCUUGUCUCCUGUAUUAGCCUGCAUGAAGGAGUAAAACGAUUAUCAUUUAGGAUUUGUAAUAAAAGAUCUAAGAAACAUCAUGUAUUUUUGGGUGUACCUGAAAAUCUUAAAUACAAGGAUUGUAAUACAAUUUUAAGAAAUACUGGCAAAUUAAACUUUAAGAACAUUUAAGAAGUCCAAAUACAUAAACAACCAAAAGUAAAUGUCAUGUUUUAGCCUCAACAAUAAAGAUAAUAAUGUUAUUUCAUCAUUGUAUUAAAUUAGAAGAAUACUUCUCAUUUACACUCAAGGUAAUUGUUUGACAAAAGAACUCCUGUUUUUUUUGUUUAUUGUACAAUGAAUAUUGAUUCUAUCAUUUUUUAUCUUUGCCAAUUUAAGUAAACUGACCAAAUCAGAGCUGAUAUCAAUUUCACCUUUUCUAAUUUAUUUACACUUUAGGACAACAGCACGUACAGGCGCUCGCUACUCAAAUAUGAUCAAAGUUAGUGCUUUAAAGACGUAAGGCUACUUUGUGAGAGUUUAUUUGAUUGGUUUCAUCGCUAAAUUUUAUGUAAAGAAAUCUGCAAUAACACUGAAAAGAUCUGAUUUGAAACUUUAAAAAAAGGGACAAAAUUGGGAUUAGAGUGUGGACUUCUUUGUAAAUACUCCCUGACUAUAACUGUCAGAACUCAAACUACACAAGUCUUGUUUAGAGAACUUCCAUAGGAGGAAAUGGUUGUAAUUUGUGUCCCAAAUAGGUUUAUAUAGUAGCCCAAAUAUAAAGUGUUGUCUGUUAUCCAACCAAACAUGUAUCUAAUUCAGAUGUUAAUUCUAAUGCCUCGUUUCCACUGAGCGGUCCAGACCGGACUGGACUUUUGAGUGUUUCCAUUACCAAACGGACCCGUUAAGCAGGACCGACUGGUUCCAUUUCUGGUCUCUCGCUGGUCGUAGGUCCAUAGAAAAAUGGAAUUGACCCAUUAGGGCGGAGCUUCUGCUGUCACACGAUGUCACCCAUUGAUUGGUGGAAAGGUUUUACGACAACAGCAAGCGUCCGACCAGCGCUUUUCCCAACUCAAGAUCCAAACCAAAAGUUUUAUCCUCUCUUUGUCUGUAUUCUUCUCUGCCCUCAGCAAUCUUCUUGCAAAAAAUCAUAAAUUCUUUACAUACAGUAUUUCCCCUUAUCGCCGGGGAUUGGGAACCAGAGAGACACUGAAUAUACGUUCUGUAGACUGUUCUACUGUGUUGAGUCCGGCUUCAUCCAUAAUGAACUCCUGCUCUGGAUUAUAAUUAUCCUCCGUGGUUAUCUUUUUCAUUUUCCGUCCGUUUCUGAGUCAGCUGAUGGAGCUUCUUUCGCUAAAGUCGCACAGUUUUGAUGCACAGCUACAUUAUCAGUCUACACCCCACGUGCACUUUCAUGGUCCAACGUCCAAUGUAAACGCUCACUUGAAUUACCCCGAGUAUUCUGAACCGGUCAAGACAGGACCGGUCUGGUCCGUACCGCUCAGUGAAAUGAUGUCACUAUUGUUGUUUAUAUAAUAUGCAUUUAAUAGCAUUUAUUCAGCUUUUGUGGAAAUAAAGUUUGUUUGUGGUUGAGCAUGUGACUAAAGCUCUUGUGAUGAAAGUGAUUUUCUUGGUUUCUAUGGCAACCCAACACAUCAUGCUUUUAUCACUGAGAAUAAAUAAGUUCCUGCAGAAUUCUGAUUAAAAAAGGCAAAAAUAA